AUGUUCGAGGGUUUAGUAUUACAGGGGACGCAGUUACUUGCUCAGGAGAACACCAGCUGCACAACAAGAGCAGCAGCCACAGCUGCAACUGUAGCAGCAGCAGCAGCAGCAACAGCAGCAACAGCAGCAGCAACAGCAGCAGCAGCAAUGGGGAAGAACAAGAGGAAACUCGGCUUAAAUUCUGUUUUUUCUGCCAUAAAGAAGUCUGCUGGGCAGAACAGCAACAUAGACGCAGCAGAAGCAGCAGCAGCAACAGCAACAGCAACAACAACAGCAGCAACAAGAACAAUAGCAGCAGCAGCAGGAGGAGCAGCAGAAAAUGCACCAAACGGAUGUGCAGGAGGAACCGCAGCAACAAAGGCAGCUCCAGCAGCAGCAAUAGCAGCAACAGCACACAAAGGCGCAGCAGCAAGAGCAGCAGCAGCAGGAGGAGCAGCAGCAGCAGCAAAAUUUCCUGAGGCAGUCGCCCUCGAUUGCGAGAUGGUUGGAUGUGGAGAAGAUGGAAGAAUUUCCAUCUUAGCUCAAGUAGGACUGGUAGAUGAAGAAGGAAGAGUGUUAAUUAAUGAAUAUGUUAAACCCCAACUCCCUGUUACAGAUCUUCGCGCCCAUAUCACCGGUAAACCCUAA